AUGAAUCCAGAAAGCCGUUGCAGGACUGCAGAUGUGGAAAAGAUUGGGGAGAAACUGCGGUUGUCGCCAUAUUGUUGCUGCUAUCUUCCCCCUCAGUGCGAGCAGUUUCCCUGCAUAAUUGAUGACUCUCGGCAGAAUCGGUCCCUGGUCGGCCACCCGGGUUCGCCUCGGAUAGUGGGGGGCCGGGAGGCUCCUGAGGGGUCGUGGCCCUGGCAGGUUAGCAUCCAGAUCCUGUCCAAGCACCACUGCGGCGGCACGAUCAUCAGCAGCCUCUGGGUGCUCACUGCCACACACUGCUUCCACAAAUACCUCUGGAUCAGCAGAAGCCAUUUCCGCGUGGUGGCAGGACUUAAUGUGUUGUCUGCUCCAGGAGACCAAGCCCAGAUCCGCUCCAUCAGCAAAGUCAGAAUGCACAAGGACUACGAUGACGUCACGUCUGACAGCGACGUGACACUGGUGCUCCUCAGUUCCCCCUUCGACUUCACUGACCACGUCCAACCGGUCUGCACUCCUCACAGUGUGACUCAGGAGUUCAGACUCAACUUCACCCACUGUUUCAUUACUGGAUGGGGCAGCACCUAUUACAAAGGCAGGAUGAUGAACAGAUUGCAGGAAGCUGAAGUGGAGCUCAUUGACAGGAGAACGUGUAACCUGACCACCUGGUAUGGCGGCCUCAUCACCGACAACAUGAUCUGUGCUGGACUGGAGAGCGGGGCGGCCGACAGCUGUCAGGGUGACAGCGGGGGGCCGCUGCAGUGUUACAGCCAGGACGAGGAGAGGUUUUUCUUGGUUGGAGUGACAAGCUUUGGGGACGAGUGUGGACUUCCUCACAGGCCGGGGGUGUACGCCAGAACCAGCAGGUUUGCGGGUUGGCUGAAGAAAAGUCAGACAGCAUCGGUGGCUGCUGCACACAGACUGAACACAGGGCUGAUCUCAGCUCUGCUCAGUGCCGCUCUGAUGCUGCUCUGAACCAUCCAGUCUGUCCGUCAGCAAUAAAUACCACAUCAUAUAAUAUACAUCAGACUGUUUGAAUGUGUUUAGC